AUUGGAUAAUGGCACGAGAAGUGGAUUAUUGUUUCAUAAAUGAGAGUGAACCGUAUUUGAAUUUUGGAGUUAAAACGCCUUAUCGGUUUGCAAGCAGUGGGCAAUUUCAGCGGGUGGUAAUACCAAACUGUGAACCCGUUCAAGUCUGGAUGCUAGGCCGACAUGGGACGCGUUAUCCUCAGGAAGGGGCUGUCCAAAGGCUUCAAGAACUUCACAAGAUACGUUGGAAAAUUUUGCAUCACCACGAAAAAGGGAUGGGUCGAUUGUGUAAUGAAGAUGUGGAGAACAUCAGAUUAUGGCACCCCGACAAGCACUUGACAGAGGAACAUGCAGCAAAAAUCGCUGAUGAAGGAUUGCGAGAGGGUGAACAACUCGGAAAAAGACUCAAGGACGCAUAUCCAGAGCUUUUUCAACUUCCCGUUGAAUACAUCACCUCAAAUAAUUAUACGUUCAGGUCCAUAAAGGCAUCACGCAGUGUCCUGAGUCUGAAAGCUAUGAUGAAAGGUCUUUUUGGUGAUGAAUCAGCUGUCGAAGUCAUGCAGAAUCCGGGGAAAGAUGUCCUGUUACGACCUGACAGGAAUUGUUAUCGAUGGUCACACGCUGACAGGAAUGUCGAGGUCCAACGUGAUAAAUUUAUUCAAGGUCCGGAGUAUACAGAACUGCAGAGAAAUGUCAGUCGACGACUUGGAUUUCAUGUGUCUCCCUCAACAAUUCACAACGUGCAGGACAUGUGCCGAUUCGAAACAGCUUGGAGUCCCAAUAAAUUAUCAUCCUGGUGUGCAGUAUUCAGUAAAGAGGAAUGGAAAAUAAUGGAGUACAUCGAUGAUAUCCAGUACUAUUACUAUUCAGGAUAUGGUACUGCAUUGAAUACUUUAAUCGGUUGUUUUCCAGUGGAGGAUCUCGUCAAGAAUUUCCGAUCCACUGAGAUUGCUGCACAUCAAAAAGGCGUUAAAGCGGUCUUUUAUAUGAGUACUUCAAGGGUUUUAAUGGAUUUCCUUCACACCAUAGGAAUCUCAAAAGACACCGAACAUUUGUUAUGGAAUAAUUAUGAACGAAUGAAAAAUCGCAAAUGGAGAACUUCUCUGAUUGCACCUUUUUUCGCUAAUUUCAUCGCUUCUUUCUACAGGUGCAGAGAUUCUCCAAACAAAGUGACUUUCCAUCUGAAUGAAAAACUAGUAAUGUAUGAAGGCUGUGAAGAAGGUAUUUGCGAUUGGAAUUACGUGAAGGGAAAAUUAGAACGGGUAGCCUCGGAUUGUGCAGAGAAUUGUUUCUGGAGUAAGACAGCUGUUCCUGAAGAUGCCGAAAGAAUAUUUCUGCUCAUUAUUGCGGUCUGUAUUUUGAUAAUUGCCUGCCAUCGUGGCAUUGCACGCACUUUUUACAGAUUAAUCCAAUUGAAUUGGUAAAAUUAUAAACCCAAACAAUAAACUAGAUAAUCCCCGUGGAAUUUUGCUCAACGCAGAUUUCACGUUUUUUUU